AUGUACACCGUGCCGGCUGCUGCCUUCUUGAAGAUGACCGAAAUCAAGAUGCACGAGGAGCUGGCAGACGCGGGUGUGCUCACAGAGUUUGACGAGAGCAUGGGAAAGGCAAUGUUCGUGUCGCACCAGUGGUUGAGUGACGUGCACCCUGAUCCGAACUUCGAGCAGCUGAAAGUAUUGCAAGAUGCCCUCAAGAACAUUGUUGCUGGAGCCAGUAAAAUAGAUCUGCCCAUCAUUACAGAAAUCCUGAAUGGUCGCAGAAGAUGCCCUACUGCCGACGACUUUGCCUCCGACCAUCUUCAUGUUUGGUACGAUUACUUCAGCAUCCCGCAGAGCAGCAGUCACCGGGCAUCUCGGAGCCGCCAGAGCGCCAUCCAAAGUAUCCCGGCCUAUGUGGCAAGAUGCGAGUUUUUUGUCGUGCUGUGCCCGGCUUUCAAGCACAGAGACCAGCAGCGAACUCUGAGCCAUUCAACCUGGGGCGAACGGGGGCAGCCUGGUUGGAAUGGAAACAGGAUGAGUGAUGCACCGGGAGAAGGAGACUUUACAUUGGAUGUUGACAGGGUCGGUAUCGGUCGUAUGGUUACUCAGAUGGUCUGGUCCAAGCUUUACCAUUACCUCGAACAUCGAGAGUUUCACAACUAUCGAUUCCUUCUCAACUCGCAAGCUGCGCUGUAUUUCCGAGCUCUCGAUGCGGAGCCCAUCGACGGACUCAUUCCCGGAUUCCGCACUCAGACCGACCCGAGUGUUGACUCUAAGGGCUUCAUGCUGGAUCGUUUCCUGCAUCAGAACGGCUUCAGGAACAUCUUCGAGCGGGAUGCUGCAGGGUGGCCACCCAUUUGCUUCGCAGCGAUGAGCAACAACCUCGUGGUGCUGCAAGCACUUCUUGAUCGAAAGGUGGAUAUCAACCAGGCCACGACCAAACCCAAAGCAGAGGUCAAUCUUCCAGCCAAAAUGACGGCUCUCGGAAUGGCUUCUUUUUUUCGCAACAAUGAAGCAGUCGAGCUUCUCCUGUUCUCAAGAGCCCUGGUGAACUACAAGGAUGGUUUCGGGGGCAAUGCUCUCCAUGUGGCGUGUGCAGGGGACAACCCUCUCGGAGUACGUCUACUAUGCCGUGCUCGUGCCGACAUCAAUCAAGAAAGCAUGCCGGGGCUGAGCCCUUUCAUGGUGUCCUGUGCAUGUGGAAGUGGGCAUGCAAUGAAGGAGAUGCUUAAAUUGAAUCCUGGUUUGAGCUUGCGACACUGCUUACACAUCGCACUCAUGUUCGCUGGAGGCGGCUCGACCGACUUGGUCUCGGUUUUGCUUGAGGCUCGGGCGAACGUAAAUGAACAGUUCCGGGUACAGAUCCGGGAGCCUGGAUGGUGGCUUCUAAUGAAUGCCAUGGGCUUGAGGCAUCGGGUGAGUCCGUCCAGACUGACUUUGUUGGCAUAUCACCAUUACGACGCUACUCCGCUGAUGUUCAGCAUUCUGAGUGGUUCUCUGGAUCAUGUAUUCUCCCUGCUCUCAGCCGGAGCCCGAGUAGACAUUCGGAACUACCGCACGAAAACGGCUUCCGAAUUGGCCCGCCAGAUGCUGGCGCCUUCGUGGUUGAUUGAGGCUUGCUCUACGGAAAGCCAGCAAAUCUCUGAGAGCAUGUCUGAGGGCGACACUUUCUUCAUCUGA